GCCCUCCUCCAAUAUUGUGGGUUUUUUGGAGUGAAAAUGGCUGCCCUACAGAUUUAAUCCUCAGCGCUACAGGAGCGGAAAUUUCCCCGCCGGACCUCCAGAACCGCGACCCGCUGCCCAGAACCGGUCCCCGGGCCGCCGGGACGGCCUUCCCCCGCGCUGAGGAGAGCUGUGGAGCGGUUUGAGGGAUGGGAGAUGUGUCUGUUUCACAGUUAACCCUUCACAGCCCCACAUCCAGAUGAGAAAAUGAUGCAUCAGGUAGCCGGCAACAGUAACGACUACGGCUUGGGCGGCCUAGCCGAAGAUGGCCAGCACCCGAGCAGUCAUUUCGAGUUGUGCACCUCGCAGUCCAGCAAGUUCUACCCAUCCGCUCCACCUCCACCUCUGCAGCUGCCGCUUCCCAACCUGCCACCCCUGCCUCAGAGCAUGAUCAAGCCUAUGUCCUGCCAGAUGCAGGACACCCAGAACGAUUUUCACCCCCAGCCUGUUCGGAUGAGAGCUGUGGAAGCUCCAGAGGGAUCCAAGAAAAAGAAAGGACUUGGCAAGUCCGGGAGACGGGGUAGGCCCGCAGGCACCACCAAAUCAGCGGGGUAUCGGACGAGCACCGGCCGACCCCCAGGCACCACUAGGGCGGCUGGGUUCAAAACCAGCCCCGGGAGGCCUUUGGGUACCACUAAAGCUGCCGGCUACAAGGUCAGCCCUGGCAGGCCUCCGGGAAGUAUCAAAACGCUGGCAAAGCUCAACAAACUGGACUAUAGUGCCUGCAAUGGAGCGCCGUUCCCUUACUCCCUCAUGCAGAAGCGAGGCCUGUGUGAGACCACAGGCAAAGAGAAGAACGCUGGCGAAUGAGGGCUUUUCUAUUUAUUCACGAGGAUGGGAGGGUGCAUGUCCGAAACUGUUGUGAAUCGGCGUCCACAACAAGGCUUGCAGAGACUCUUGAGAGGCAGGGGAAAGGGGGGGGGGACAAACAAACAAACAAACAAACAAACAAAAAUUAUAAUAUUUGAAUUUUGAUACCUAGGCUUAACACUUAGUAUGUGUUACAUUGUUAUGAUCAUUUUGUGUAUCUAUAUCCAAAGAGCAUUAUCACUCUAUCUCAGUCUUAAAGGAGCAAUAAGUAGAUUUUUUUCGUGAUUAAAAAUAACACAUAACAAGUAACAAAUGUUCAGAAAAGUGAAACGUACUUGAUGUUAGUACUGUAUGUGUGAACUGUAAUAUAUAGCAAUUAAAGGUGCGGCGGACCUUUAUUUUCUACUUGCCUUUCCUAGUGUCAAGGAGUCAAAAGUAGUAUGAUUGAAAGAUGGAUCCCUAGCAUAAAAUACUGCUUAUUGCUCCUUUAAACCUUAUAUUAACCUGCUGUACAUAUGUGCAUGAUGGUAGUCUUGUGAAAUAAAAAACACAGUAUCGAAACUGAUAUUAUAUUAGAAUUUUUGGCCGAGUAGUCUUUAAUCGAGUGAACGUUUAAGGAGAGAAAAAUGCUUUUUGUGUUUGUUUUUAAUCUUUGUUACUUCACUUUUGAUAAUGUGACUGCUAGGAACAAGGUCUUUUGCUGUUCUGUAGCACAUCUGAUUUUCUCAUUCUGAUUUUAAAAUGCUUAACCACAGGCACAAUUAUACCUAUUCCUUUUUCUCUGCUGUGUAUGUUAAUGUGCUAUGCUUGUAUUGCCCUUGGUAUGAUCUCACUUUUAUUUGUAUUUAUGGAAAAUGUGGUGCUCUUUUAUGACAUAGUGAGUAACUUUGAAUAAUCUCAUUUUAUUUGGGGGGUAUAGCAUCAGUGUAAUGCUUUGACACCAAUUUUGUAACUGUACUGUGAGUCCAUAGCUUAGUGUAACCCAUAGUGUUCUGCUUUUCACAAGGAUUGUGAAAAAAUAUGUUGACCACAAUCUGCAACGCCGGGUUGGUUCAGUUUUUGUUUUCGACUAAUGGACAAAUUAGUGUUGUGUAAGCAAAUACAUUCAGUCUGAUACAAAAAAAUAAAUAAAUAAAUAAACAAACAA